UACUGUAUUAGCGCGCUGCUCCUCCGCCUGUCGCACGCUGCGUCCGGGCCAGAAGAAGAAGAAGAAGAAGUCAACAUCUGCUGAGCCGUAACAAGAUUGAGGUUAUGAAACAAUGGAUGACUGACAAAUAAGAAAUAUUGACUUUACUAUUCCCAGGAGCAGAGCGUCGCACCACUUUUUUUUCCUCACACGUUUGUGACUUUAGAUAUUUCCUCCCUCUUUAUUGGCAAAAGAGAAACAAGUUUAUUUGGAUUUUUUUCCCCUUUGAAAACGUCCAACUUCACGAAGGAUUUUAUAUUUAUUUUUUAUAUAUAUAUUUUGUAUAUUUUAAAAAUCCGGUAGCAGAUCAGUCUUUCUCCUCAAAAGACGCGUGUUGGGGAUGUUGAGCUCUGUGAAGAUGGAAGCCCAUGAUAUACCUGAGUGGAAUACUUUCUACAGCGAGGCCAGUGAGAUGUAUUCCUCUCCCAGCACCAUGAACUCUGGUCUCGGCUCCAUGGGCUCCAUGGGCACCAUCAACAGCUACAUCAACUUGAAUCCAGCCACCGCCUCCCCUGCAGGAAUGAACAUGGCGUACCCGAGCUCCAGCCUCAGCGGUUCCCCAUUGGCCUCCAUGAGCUCCGGGCCGGGCCACAUGUCUCUCUCCCCAGUGGCCUCAUCCCUCAGCUCAGGCCCUUUAACCCAGCUGGGCCCCGCUGCUCCGGGAUCCCUGGGAUCCUUGUCUCACUACCAGAACAUGGGCCAGUCCAUGAGCCAGCUGGGGUACCCCACUACUGCUACCCUGAGCAGGGCCGGGCCCAAGGAGAUUCCCCCAAAGCCGUACAGGCGCUCCCUGACCCACGCCAAGCCCCCGUACUCCUACAUCUCCCUCAUCACUAUGGCGAUCCAGCAGAGUGGCAGCAAGAUGCUCACCUUGAACGAGAUCUACCAGUGGAUCAUGGACCUGUUCCCCUACUACCGUGAGAACCAGCAGCGCUGGCAAAACUCCAUCCGCCACUCGCUCUCCUUCAACGACUGCUUUGUGAAGGUGGCUCGCUCGCCUGACAAGCCGGGCAAAGGCUCUUACUGGACUCUGCACCCGCAGUCAGGCAACAUGUUCGAGAACGGCUGCUACCUGCGACGCCAGAAACGCUUCAAGAUCGAGGACAAGAUGGCGAAGAAAGGAGGCAAGGGCCAGGAGGGCUCAGUGAAAGGAGGCCACAGUGGAGAUCACCUGGCAGAGAAUCAUAGUCCCACAGGAGGAUCAGAGGGACCUGACUCCGCCCACUCAGACAACUCCCACCCGGGCUCCUCAGACGACCAGCCGCAUCCCAGAAACUCCCUGGUUCCACUGGACUGCCCUCAGCUGUCCUCCUCACACCUCCACAGCCCACCUGUCUCUCUAACCCCCUCCUCCUCCACCUCGUCCUCCGUCCCUCCAUCCUCCUUGUCCCUCUCAGCCACCUCCUCAUCGUCCUCCAACCCGCUCCUCCACUCCCAGUCUUUGGGUAGUGCCCACCUCCUUCCCAGCACCAUGCAGCACCACAUGGACCUACAGAGUGACGCUCUCAAGUCCCUGGAUCCCCACUACAACUUCAACCAUCCCUUCUCCAUCACCAACCUCAUGUCUAAUGAGCAGAAGAUGGACCUCAAGUCCUACCAGGACCAGGUGAUGGCCUACAACAGCUACACCGGCAGCUCUCCUGUGGGAGCCAAGCAGAUCUACGACAGCCCAGGGCCGGCCUCCAUGGACUCAGGCGCUUACUACCAAACUCUGUACAGCCGUUCGGUGCUCAAUGCCUCCUAAUAUGGACACUCAACCCCCCUACACACACACACACACACACACACACAUACACACACACACACACACACACACACACACAUACACACACACACACACACACACACACUGACGUGUCUGUAGAGGUGAGGCAAAAUGGGCUCUUCUCUUUUUCUCUGCCUUUUCUAAAAUGGACACCCAAGCUCUCUUGAUCUUCCCCUUUCUGUCUCUCUCUCCCUCUCUGGCUCGCGUCCAGUGGCCUUGGAAGAGACUCACAUGUAAAAUGGCUGCCAUGUUUGAGGGGCAAAAGAACGUUUUUUUCUCUCUCUCUUACCAACUCUGAUGAACAUGGAGACUGGUUGGUUACAUGGAGGACAGUAAAGUGAAGUCUUUCCUGUUGAUGAAGACGUUUGAUUCGUCUGCAUGUCGAGUCAAUGCAUGAGACAGAUCCUGUCGCAGGAGCACUGCACGAGGUGAAAUUGGCUUUGUACAAAUUGUAAAUAGAGUUAAUGUGGGGGGAAAGGAUAUUUGCAUUUAUUUAUGGAGGGAAUAAAUUUUAAUAUAUCGUGUAUAGCGCUCUGUUGACCAGUUACAACCCCAAUGUGAGUUUUUUUUUUUUUAUCCAGAGAUGAAGCGAGUUUCAGGUUACUGCUUCAGGCAGGUGUUACUGCAGUGGGAGACAGUUUCUACUUUGUGUGUGUCGCUGCAUUUCACACUACGUUCCAUCAUUUCUGUCACAUCAGGCAUCCCUCAAUGUAAAUGUAGCUUUAUGAAGUCUGUACUCUCAAGUUUGUUAUUCUGGUUGAUAUGAAGAAGAAGAAAAAAAAAGCCAUUUUGUCCUAACUGGAGCAGAAGUGGAAGUUUAAAAGGAAAAUCUUCUGCAGCCAGAAGGAAAGAGGCAAAGUAACUGUGGUAAAAACAAAGAAAAAAAAAUGUAAAAAAAAAAAAACAUGUCUUGUUUAUGUUUUUCAUUUCCCACAAACAUUUCCUGUUGUUACCUAGACGAGAGUGUUAAAGCCAAACGCUUCUCGACAGACUGUAACAUUUUGAAUAGCAGAUUGCUGACGAGGUGCACGGGGGAGUUCAGUCGGUUACUAAAACAGUGGAGGGGAGGAGAGAUGCACUAUGGGAGGAUUUACAUACAGUACUUUGCACUAUGGAGCUCCCACUGGCCAGGUGGGCUGAUAGUGUGUGUGUUUGUGUGUGUUACAACAAUACUUAGAGGAACGUCCCCCUCACACUGUCAAUGCAUCAGCGCAACAAUGUCAGAGGGUGUCAAAUAACCCUCGGCGUCCGAAAAGUGCCUUUUCUUCAAACGACUGCUGAUCUGUUAAGAGAUCAACGUAUUGACGAUCUAUUGAAGGAUUAUUCUGAUGAGCAGCGGAGGACGCAGAAGUUUCAGGUCACACGAUGUCCUCUGCGGAGCAUGUUGUAGUUUUAAAGAGAAAUGUCUUUUAUUUAAGCUAUGUUGCUUUUCAAACUUUGAAAGCGUGCUGACAUAAUAUAUUGUUUUUUGUUGUUGUUGUUGUCGUUUCUGUUGGUUUAAAUGUGAUUGAAAUGAUUCAUGUUUCAUUUUUCUUAUUAAAAAGGCAAAAAUGUGGGGAGAAA